AUGGCGAGAAAAGUUAAGGCCGUCCUGGCCGAUGACGACUCCCGAGUCAACUCGCCUGGUCGGACGAUCACCGAGAUUUCUGACGUCACGGAGGACGAGGCCAUCCCUGUGCUUGCCUCUUCCAGAGCGAGAUCCGCGACCCCUCAGGCGGGUGCAGCUAGAAAACUCAGAGGCUCCAGAGCCUACGGUGGUUUGAAGAAGAACAAAGUCAUCGAAGACUCUGACGAAAACGACUCCCCCACUGCCUCCACCCCUAUGGACAAGUUCAUCAAUUUUCCCGAGAGAAAGGGUGGCAAAGUUAAGAAACUAGAUGAGCACUCGGAUAGUGAUUCUGAUUUCACUCCCAUUGAGGGAAACGCCACCAAUAUUGAAGAAAAGGUCACUACUUCGACCCCAAAGAAACCGAAAACUGGUCUGUUUCCUAGUGAACCUAAGGCUAAGGCAUUCCUCAAAUUGGUAACUCUGCCCGAUACGCUGGAAGAGUCGAAGAGAGAAGCGUGUCUGCAAUUAACCGCUUUGAUGUUUGAAAAGAAUCCCACUCAAGCUUUUGCGACGCCCGUCGCUGGAGCCCUUGUCGAUAUGAUCAACAACAACCCGUCGGUGGGGCUUGCCGAUGACUUGUUGGAUGUCACGUCUGCCCUCGCACAAAGAAGAUCUAUUGCCAACGCCCCGGAGGACUCUCGUCAGAAGCUUAUCGCAUGGGUGAUGUGUCAACCGGACCCUCUCAGCCACAAAUCGGCGAGCGUGGUUUCUUUACUUUGGGACGUGGUCCCCGACGACGUCAAGGCUACGUUGAUGAACCCCGAGGUGGAGGUAUCGCCGUUUGUUGCCUACUCGAUUGUUCCUCGUCUUUUGGAUCACUGGGUCGAAUUCUCGUCGCCUAUUGGCAUUUCACGGAUCGUUAAGGUAUUAACAGUUGCUCUGAUGGAGACGCGGUGGAACUCUGUUGAAUUAUUGGAACGGUAUGGCCACAAAGUGCCUCAACUGCUGUGGUCUGCAAUUAAGGAUAGCUUGACUGCCGUCACUGCUCCUACCGAGCCUGCAGUUCCUUCCACUACGCCUAAAAUAGUUCCAACUGGAGUCGCGGCCGCCCCCCGAUCUGGUGAAUCCGUCGGUACCAUUAGAGUGCAGCCUCCUGUACUCGAUGAGUCGGCUCCAAGAGUUACCUCGCUGACCCCUGUGGCAACUCCGCUGGGUCCUACUGCGACAACGCGGAAUCCCUUCACUAAUAUGCUGGCUGAUCGUGCGAGCUCACCAAUUCCACCUUCACCACUGCCUGAAGAGAUUACCUCAAAAUCAGAUCGUGAGCAUAUUCAAGAUUCGCAACAUACUUCUGAGGACAAUGCCAAGCUGACGAAGAGAUCAGCUUCAGUACAAGAUAGUGAAUACCAAAUCAAGCGUGCCCGUGAAGAGCCCCCAAGAGCAUUCCGGGGGUUCUGUGAUACAAUUACGUCUUCGAAAUUUUACUUUAUCAUGGCUGACCACAGAAAACUUGAAGAGUUGUUUGGACAGUUGUAUGGAGGUGACAAUGAUAAUGAUGCGAUAAGCGAUUUGCACUGA